AUGAUGGACUCUGUUGCACUUUACUGUAAAGACUGGACCUCCUGGCAGGGGCUCAUGCUCACAGUCUCCAUUUUAACCUGCUGGCUGCUUCCCACUACUGCCAAGAUCACCAUUAAAUCAAUGCCUCCCAUUGCUGUUGAAGGGGAACAUGUUCUUCUGUUUGUGGAUAACCUACCGAAGAAUGUUAAAGCCUUUUCCUGGUACACAGGAGUUACAGCGCUCAAGAGUUGUGAAAUUGCAAGUCACACCAUAGCUACCAAUUUUACUGUGGUGGGACUUGCACACGGUGGUAGAGAGACAGUAUUCAACAAUGGAUCUCUGUUGAUCAAGAGUGUCACCAGAAAAGACUCAGGACACUACACUCUACAAAUACGUGAUGCAACCUUAAGACCUGAAAUAAUACAUGCAGAAUUCUUUGUACACAGCCCACUUUUAGGGUACAAGAAGCAUCUUACACCUUCCCAACUCAUAAUAGGGUUGAUCCCACCAAGGGUUGAAGAAAACAACAAUAUUAUUCUUCAGGUUUUUAACAUGCCGGAAAAACUUCAAGGCUUUGCCUGGCACAGAGGAGUACUUCCACUUAGCCAUUUGAAGAUAGCAAGCCAUUCAUUCCUCACCAACUCAACCAGGCUGGGGCAUGCAUAUUCUAACAGAGUGAAAGUACGCAAUGAUGGAUCCUUGCUUCUCUUGAAUGUCAAGAAGAAAGACACAGGGAUUUACACCCUACGAACCAUAUCUGUGGAUUUGAAAUCAGAAUGGGCCAUUUUGGACCUCCAAGUAAACAAACCUUGA